UUUUGACAUUUGCAGGGUACAUUUCAACUGAUGAGUAGCUGUAUCACCCCUGUCCUCUAAUCUUGGGUGCUCUUUACAAUGCUUUGCUGCUGUAACCUCUAGACUGGACUUCUCACAAACAGCUUUCAGCAAAAUUCUCCACUUUACCAGUAUUUGCAGGAUUUGGGCCAUACAGAUUUUGAAAUAUGUUCAGCUGUAUCUCAGAAGACAGAACAAUGCACAGCAGAGGAGAGGCAACAAGAACAAGAUACCCGUACCACACAGAAAGCAUCCUGUCAAAACUAGCUGAGCUCUUUAAAAACUCAUUUCCUUUUUCACCAUGUAAGAAAAAAGAUGAUCUACUCCACCGAUUGGAUGUUGGCUUUCGAUUGGACUCUCUCUAUACCAUCCUGCAACAGGAAGUUCUGCUACAGGAGGAUGUGGAGCUGAUUGAGCUACUCGACCCCAGUAUCCUGUCUGCAGGGCAUUCCACGCAACAGGAAAAUGGACACCUUCCAACACUACGCUCCCUAGCGACUCCUAAUAUUUGGGAUGUCUCACUGCUGCUUGCAUUUGUCAGUACAUUGGUUAUACUUCCUUCAUGGUGGAAUGGAUCGUUCUGUCUGGUGUGGGAACUGGUUCUGUUGGUCUAUUUGAUCAUACGAGCUCUGGGCACGUGGAGAACAGCCAAGCUGCAAAUGUCCCUGCAAAAAUACAGUCUCCAGCUGGAAGAGACAGUAGCAAAUAGCCGUGCAUUUACUAAUCUUGUGAGAAAAGCUCUGCGACUCAUUCAAGAGACUGAAGUCAUUUCCAGAGGAUUUACCCUUUUGCUUGACAGGGUCAGUGCUGUUUGCCCAUUUAAUAAAGCUGGACAGCAUCCUAGUCAGCAUCUCAUUGGUCUUCGGAAAGCUGUUUACCGAUCUGUCAGAGCCAACUUUCGAGCUUCAAGAUUAGCUACUCUGUACAUGCUGAAAAACUACCCUCUGAAUGCAGAGAGUGACAAUGUGACCAACUACAUCUGUGUAGUCCCUUUUAAGGAACUGGGUCUUGGUCUGAGUGAAGAGCAGGUGUCUGAAGAGGAGGCACACAACCUUACAGAUGGCUUCAGCCUGCCUGCACUCAAGGUUCUGUUUCAGCUGUGGGUAGGACAAAGUUCAGAGUUCUUCAGACGAUUAGCAUUGCUGCUUUCUCCAGUUAAUGCAUCCCCCAAGUCUUUAAUCACCCCAGAACAUUUGCCUCAUUGUAUUUUGUCUGAUGUGACUCAAGAUCUAUCUCACUCUCAUGCUGUCUGCUUAGAAGAGCUUAAGCGAAGCUAUGAGUUUUAUCGGUACUUUGAAACUCAGCAUCAAUUAGGCUUAGAACGUGGAACCAAAACAAAACCAAAGUCACGAGUUCUGAACAGUCUUCACACAGCAGUUCGCAGCUUGCAGCUCCAUCUCAAGGCCCUACUGAAUGAAGUAAUAAUUCUUGAGGAUGAACUUGAAAAACUUGUUAGCUCAAAGGAGACACAAGAACUAACUUCAGAAGCUUAUCAAGUCUUAGAGCAAAAACUGAAGCUGAUUCAGCCUCACAUCCAGGCAAGCAACAGCUGCUGGGAAGAGGCCAUUUCUCAGGUUGAAAAAAUGGUUAGAAGAAGCCUAGAUAAAAAAGACAAACCUGGAACAUCUUGUGAUAAUACUCACUGUCCCGUGAUACCAUUACUACAACCUGCCUUGCAUAUAGAGGACAAGGACCCAAUCCCUGAAGAACAGGAAUUGGAAGCAUAUGUUGAAGAUACAGGUUUGGACAAUGAGUACAAAAGGGAGGACUUUUAUUGCUUUUCCCAAGAAGAGAGAGAGAGACAAAAACGUGAGAAAGAGGAAUCCAAAAGAGUGUUACAAGAACUGAAAUCUGUGCUGGGAUUUAGAGCUUCAGAGGUAGAGAGACAGAAAUGGAAGCAGCUGUUGUUUAGUGAUCAUGCUGCAGUGAAGCCCUUGUCCUCUGUAGAAGCAGUGGAACCCAUACAUAAUUUGGAAUCCGCUCAGGACAGUAACCAAGCUAAUGAUCAUUCAGAUCGGAAGGACACUAGUCCAGUCACUGUGAGUGAAAAAAGCAAUUCUGAAUAUUUAUAUGAAGAGCCUAUGAAGGGUGAAAACAAAGACAUUGCUGCUGAUGCAGGUGGAUCUCCAAUGUCUCUAAAAAAUACAUGUUACCAAUGUGAGGGUGACGGAGAUGAACUGGAAAAAACUGGUGUGGAUGGAAUGGAGAUUUUGCAGCCCCCUCUCAGGGACACAUUACAGUCCUCCAUCAAGCAAAGGCUGGCUCAGCUCCAUAGAUCAACAGAUUUCAACUUCACAUCAGGUCUGGCUGCACAGGUUGCUGCCAGAUCACUUACUUUUACUACCUUAAAAGAACAGACUUUUGAAGAUGAGGAGGAGGAAGAGAAGACAGAGAAGAAUGAAAACCAUGUUGAAGAGAAUGAGGAUGAAAACAGAGACUUUGAAAAUGAAGGAGGAUUAUAAGUCCUACAUGAACUUUGUUAAACAUUGCAUUGCCUACUUGAAUUCCAUAAAAGGCAGGCGAUGUGAUUGAAAAAGUUGAGGCAUGGAUUCAGAGAGGGAAAUGCUAGAUUGGAAAAACUGAGAUCUCCGUGUAAUGCUUACUGUUCCCUAUAUAUGAAGCUCUCAAUAGGGCUUUCCCAGUAUAUUGAUGAUGGUAUUGAGGUAAGCUAAGGAGUUAGAGGCUGGACCCCACAAAUAGUCAUCUGUCUCCUUCUGAUGACAACACUGGUGGGUUGUUGAACUUACCUUACUAUUUUAUGCUUUAUUUAUAUUUUUUUUUCUAAAAAGAAGAGAAAAUUGUGUCUUGAAUUUCA